CUGCUGAAAGGAUGAAGACAUGCUGUUGAGAUGCUGCUGAAAGGAUGAAGACAUGCUGUUGAGAUGCUGCUGAAAGGAUGAAGACAUGCUGUUGAGAUGCUGCUGAAAGGCUAAGACAUGCUGUUGAGAUGCUGCAGUGCUGAUAGUCUUCUAAUGUUUGUUCGUUGAACAUCUGCAGAUGGACUGCAGACACUUUCUAGUUGAAAAUCAUUGGACAUGCAGUUGACAUGCUCCAUAUGGUCUAUCCAACAGGGCUCUGGUCAGUUUCAUUUCAAGUCUAAUUAAUUAAGUAAACCAAAUUCUAAUUCCAAUUCGACAGUUUCCUCAUUUGAAAGCAUUCGAGAGAAUUGGAAUUGGAAUUUCAGUGUACUUCCUGAAUUGACUGGAAUUGAAAUCAAACUGACCCAAGCCUUGCUAUCCGAAACAAAGUGUUACUUCUUCAUCAUAUUCAAAUGAAUGGAGGAAAGAGCUGGAGAUGAAGCUAGAAUGAGCUGACAGACACACAGGAACGUUCCUCUGAGAGGUCAUGUCAGUGUGGAACAAACAGAUGCUGCUGUGGUACUACCUGACCAUCUGGCCCAGGGUUCCACCAUGCAGUAUAGACAUCUACUGUACUGUAGGUCUGUGGUACUACCUGACCAUCUGGACCAGGGUUUCACCAUGCAGUAUAGACAUCUACUGUACUGUAGGUCUGUGGUACUACCUGACCAUCUGGCCCAGGGUUCCACCAUGCAGUAUAGACAUCUACUGUACUGUAGGUCUGUGGUACUACCUGACCAUCUGGCCCAGGGUUCCACCAUGCAGUAUAGACAUCUACUGUACUGUAGGUCUGUGGUACUACCUGACCAUCUGGCCCAGGGUUUCACCAUGCAGUAUAGACAUCUACUGUACUGUAGGUCUGUGGUACUACCUGACCAUCUGGCCCAGGGUUCCACCAUGUAGUAUAGACAUCUACAGUACUGUAGGUCUGUGGUACUACCUGACCAUCUGGCCCAGGGUUUCACCAUGCAGUAUAGACAUCUACUGUACUGUAGGUCUGUGGUACUACCUGACCAUCUGGCCCAGGGUUUCACCAUGCAGUAUAGACAUCUACUGUACUGUAGGUCUGUGGUACUACCUGACCAUCUGGCCCAGGGUUCCACCAUGUAGUAUAGACAUCUACAGUACUGUAGGUCUGUGGUACUACCUGACCAUCUGGCCCAGGGUUUCACCAUGCAGUAUAGACAUCUACUGUACUGUAGGUCUGUGGUACUACCUGACCAUCUGGCCCAGGGUUUCACCAUGCAGUAUAGACAUCUACUGUACUGUAGGUCUGUGGUACUACCUGACCAUCUGGCCCAGGGUUUCACCAUGCAGUAUAGACAUCUACUGUACUGUAGGUCUGUGGUACUACCUGACCAUCUGGCCCAGGGUUCCACCAUGCAGUAUAGACAUCUACUGUACUGUAGGUCUGUGGUACUACCUGACCAUCUGGCCCAGGGUUUCACCAUGUAGUAUAGACAUCUACAGUACUGUACUGUAGGUCUGUGGUACUACCUGACCAUCUGGCCCAGGGUUUCACCAUGCAGUAUAGACAUCUACAGUACUGUAGGUCUGUGGUACUACC